AUGAAAAGGUUGAACGUAUCUUACGUAGAAGUUGUUAAAGAUGGCACCACUGUAGCGAGCUGUUUUGAAGCUUCUGACCCAUUGACACCCGGUUCAACACAAUACGGGUCAGUUGGAGACUCUGCUGCAACGCCAGAUUUAUUUCAUAGACUGGUAAAUGAUAUGGUUAUACCCAAAGUGGUACCGGUAGAGGGAAACAAAGUUACAAAGCUUUCUUUGCAUCUGAUGGAUGGUUAUGAGUGUUACUAUACCACAACCCCUACAGAUGAAAAUAACGGUUUGAAAGUGUUCGUAUGUUUCACGAAACAUCUGAUACCAAAAAUUUUACCUAUUCGAUUACUGAGUGGACUGAAACAAGAGGAGGCAUCCAUUAACUCAGAUAAAGACCUUGGCUUCAAGGUCGGUCAAAUAGUUGAUGAGUUUCACGAAGAGUUGAGGUCGUUCAGUAAUGAACAAGGCUCUGGUAGCGCAGAAGCAACGGAAAGUGAUCUCCAAGACAUCUUACAAGUAAUGAAUGAUAACAUCGAUAAAUUCUUACAAAGGCAGGAGCGUAUCUCUCUUUUGGUGGACAAAACUUCGCAACUCAAUAAUAAUAGUCACACAUUCAAGAGAAAGACGAAUCGAAUAAAGCAGAGAAUGUGGUGGCACAGAGUCAAAAAUAUAACAUUGCUGGUUUUUGCAGUAAUAUUAACUUUGAGCGCAAUAAUAUUCUUUCUCAUGAUAGGAAGGUCAUGA